AUGGAUACAUUAUUACCACCACAACUAAAACGUAAACAAGCACGAAACCAACUACCAAAGCUGCAUUCAGCAAUUGCGAAUGAUUUGAAAUUAGUACAACAACAACAAGAGCAAACCUUCAAAUCAUCAUCAUCACCAUCAUCAUUAAUGCCUUCAUUCUCAUAUUCUCUACCAGCAUCAUCAUACCUAUCAGCAGCACAUUUUGCCAGUACUUACGCACCACAAACGCCUUCAUCACUAAAUCGACACCAGCAUCAGCAUCAGCAUCAACACCAACAUCCGCAUCAUCAAAAUCAACAUCAAAAACCGAAACAAAAACAAAAACGGAAUCUGCUGCAGAGACAAUUUAAGUUUGCUUCAAUACCACAACAAACACAACCAUCAGUACAACCACAAUUGUCGUAA